AUGAUGUUCUUAUGGCGAAGUGUCGCCAGGAGCCGAGGUCUUCGGCGUCUCCGGGUCAUGCGGCGACGACGCAGACGCAGGCAAGACCGUGCGGUGGCCAAGCUGUGGAAAUCGCGCAGCCAGUUGUGGCAUUUGCCGCGGGCAUGUCGCCGGGUCGAGGAUUUGCUGUACUGGAAGGCAUUCCUGCAGAAGGUUGUUCACAAGAUCGACUUACGACUGCAGGUGCCAAUGAAAGAGUCACUCUCGAGGCCGAAGCCAGGACUUAUGUUGCGGGAGGAGCAGCGCAUCGCCUUGGCUAACGGGCUGGAUGAGCAGCUCCUGGCAAAGCAACCCGAGGAGGUGCUAUGCAUCCGCUUCGGGGCUGAGCUGACACGACGGCACCUGUCAUGCCUUCUGCCCGACCAAUGGCUCAACGACGAGGCACCGGUUCAGGCGGUUUAG